CUCAAUCUUUAUGAACCAGUUGACGCAUGUCCGUGUACCAGACGGAUAAACAUUUUAUAAUCGCUUAUCAGUUUCAAAAACAUUUGUGAUACCGUGAUCCUGUAAAAUGUAAAACAAAAUAUUUUAAUAGUUUUGAAUAGGUAUUUAUUAAAAUGUAAAUAUUACUCUUUAAUCUGUAACAUUACAUUAUUUACUAUGUUGCCUCAAGAACGUUUAUGAUUAACAUUGGAGCUCGAGUAUUUAUAUAAUAAUAUAUUGGCGUAGGUAAACAUGGCAAAGUCUCAAGAAGAAAUCGUUCGUAUAUUUUUUAACCAUUUAUCAAGAUCCAGCUAUGAUGAUGCAAAAGUGUUUAUGGAGAAACAGCGUUUAGUAUACUUAAACAAUGCUUGGCCCAAGGCAAUGUUUGAUAUUCUAUGUGAUUUUGCUUUGGCUGAAAAGAAUUACUAUGAUACCAAUUUUGAACCUUCGAAAAAUAAAAUUGUUGAGCGAAAGGAAAACGAGAACUAUCUGGACUUUGUGUACAAGACCUUGUUUCAAGACCUCGAAAAACUUCAGACUGAGGUUGAUGAUAACUAUGUUACAAAAUUUAUGACUACGCUUCUACAGUUUAUAUCCGUUAGACUCCAACUUCUUGAACUAUAUGAUAAAUUAUAUGAAAUCGGAACAUUGAACAGUUGGAUUAAUUUUAGUGAGCUAUCUGAAACUGUUGAAAAUAUUCAGAAUGAUCUAAGCAAUUUUUCACCUGUUGAUCAAGUAUUAAGAAUUGUACGGUAUGAGCUGGAUUGCAUUCAACAUUUAUUCAAGUGCCAUGAACAUUUAGGGGAUUGGUCAUAUUUUAAUUCAUUGAUUAGCUUAAAGGAAAGUAGUGAUGCAUUUAUCGUUUGGGAAAAAUGUUAUCAAAACCAAGAGGGUUGGAGAUUUAGCUCAUUGUUUAAGAGCAAAAGUACAUUACCUCCAUUGCUUUUAUGGUUCCAAAGAUUCAAACACAUGACGAUUUCUAAAUAUAUGUUGUAUUUUUAUGGAAUUCUUAUACGACAAUCAUCAUUGCGUGAAGUGAAGAAUACAUGUGAAACCAAAAAUUUACAUUUUUUCACAAAGAUGCAACAAUUAAAGCAGAAGGCAGAGGCUUUAUCUGCAAUAUUGGUGUAUGAAACCCCUGAUUAUCCUACUGAUAAUGACUCUUGUAAUGAGGGUUCACCUACUCCACCUAUAACUAAAAUGGAUCCAUAUUUUAAGUAUAAAGUUAUGAUCAGUUAUCCAAAGGUCCCAGUUAAAUUUGAUGUAGUAGAAAAGAUAAGAAUUAAUGAAGAAGAAAACUCAGUAAAUAAAAUUGAAAUGAUUACAGAUGAAGAUAUCACUUAUAUGUUAAUGAGAGUGGACUUGAAAAUAAUUUUUAUCAUGUGUUUUAAUGGCAAACCUAAAAAUGAAGAAAGGGAGAAAGCAAGCAUAUUAGAAUUUGUUUCAAUGCUUCGAUGUCACAGAUAUUUUACUUCUGUUAAUAGAUAAAAAUACUUUACAAAGAUAACCUUUAAUUUUAUAUUCAUAAUACUUCAUAAUUUAUUAAUUUAUGUAUUAAACUUUUAAAGUAUAUGAAUAACUGGUUA